AUGAGCUGUGGCACCAAGUCCUCCACUAGCAGCACCAGGAUGAGCAGCGGAGGUGGCGGCGGUGGUGGCGGUGGAGGGGGCAGCAGCUGUGGGGUGCGCAGGUCCGGUGGGUACUCCUCGGUGUCCACCAGGAAGUACACCUCCUCCGGGGGGGGCGGGGGCUUUUCGGGGAGAAGCUUUGGUGGCGGGAUGUCCAGGAGCAGCUAUGGAGGGGGCUUUACCAGUGGCAGCUGUGGAAGGAUCAGCCGCAGUAGCUACGGUGGGAGAAUGAGUGGUGGCAGUUACGGAGGAGGAAUGGGCUGUGGAGGUAUGGGAGGAGGAUUUGGAUCCGGCGGGGGUGGCUUUGGGGGCAUGGGAGGUGGCUAUGGAGGCAGCUUCAGUGGAGGUAGUUUUGGUGGAGGUGGAUUUAGUGGCUUUGGGGGUAGCGGUGGCUUUGGCGGUGGCAGCUUUGGUGGUGGCUAUGGUGGAGGCAGCUUUGGUGGGAUGGGGUUCAGCGAGGAUGGCGGCUUGCUGGCCACAAAUGAGAAGCUGACCAUGCAGAACCUCAACGACCGCCUGGCGUCUUACAUGGACAAAGUGCGACGCUUGGAGGAUGAAAACAGUCAGCUGGAGCACAUGAUCAGGGAAUGGUACAAAAAUCAAGGUCCCACUUCUGCCAGGGACUACAGCCAAUAUUACAGAACAAUCGAAGAACUGCAAAACCAGAUUGUUUCUGCAAACGUGGACCUUAACAAGAUCCUUCUGGACAUUGACAACACCAGGAUGACUGUGGAUGACUUCAGACUGAAGUAUGAAACUGAAUGUACUCUCCACCAGAGUGUGGCAAGUGAUAUCAAUGGCUUACGGCCACUUUUGGAUCAACUGACUCUAGCCAGAUCUGACUUGGAGACCCAGUUUGAAUCCCUAAAAGAGGAACUGAUCUAUCUCAAGAAGAACCAUGAAGAGGAAAUGAAAGGACUGCAAACACAGUCUGGUGGCGAUGUCAGUGUGGAGGUCAAUGCUACUCCUGGCAUUAACUUGAUGGAGAAAUUAAACGAAAUGCGUUGUGAAUAUGAGCGGCUCAUUGAGAACAACCGGAGAGAGGUGGAGAGCUGGUAUGAAACCAAGAUGGAAGAAGUUAACCAACAAGUCCACUCAAGUGGCCAGGAGAUACAAUCAAGCAACCAACAGAUCUCAGAGCUGAGACGUGAAUACCAAAGCCUGGAGAUUGAGCUGCAGUCACAAAUCAGCAUGAUAGACUCUCUGCAAUCCAACCUGGACGACACCGAGCGUCGCUACAGCAUGCAGCUGCAGCAGAUCCAGGCCAUGAUCAGCCCCUUGGAGGAGGAGCUGGCCAGCAUCCGCUGCGAGAUGGAGAGUCAGAACCAGGAGUACAAGAUGCUCCUGGGCAUCAAGACCCGCCUGGAGCAGGAGAUCGCUCAGUACCGGGCUCUGCUGGAGGCAGGGCAGCAGGACCUCGUAAUCCCAUCAGGAGGAAUGGGAGGAGGAAUGGGAGGAGGAAUGGGAGGAGGAAUGGGAGGUGGUAGAAUGGGAGGUGGUGGCUAUUCUGGAGGAGGAAGAGGAGGAGGUGGUAGCAUGAGUGGAGGAAUGGGAGGAGGAAGUGGUGGAGGAGGAAUGGGAGGAGGAGGAAUAGGAGGAGGAAGUGGUGGAGGAGGAAUGGGAGGAGGAAGUGGAGGAAUGGGAGGGGGAAGCAGUGGUGGAUGCAUGAACGUUGGAGGAGGAGGGGGAGGAAGGAUCUCAGGAGGCAUCAGCAGUUCCCACUCCUACUCUUCAUCUUCCCAGUCUCAGUCCUGCAGGAGUGGUGGCGAAAGCCAAGGGUGUGGAAGAAGAUCGUUUGACUAA